AAGAAAUUUGAGUUUAGGUGAUUUACGUAUUUCGUACAAUGUGCGUGGAAGUGGUUCGAAACAGAGAGUGAUACCUAUCCGAGAGUUUGCAUCAUCGCAAUGUGCAGAUGCAAAGGCGUUAUGUUUAGUGCCAGAUGCGAGUUGUAUUGCACUGAUCCUAUCGAAUGGCAAUGUUCUUCUGGUUUCGAUUAAAACUCUCGUUGAUGUUCCAUGGGGUCAAGAAGGUAUUGUUGGAGAUGAUUCGUUGGCGCUAAUUGAAAUCGAUACAAAUGGAAAUGGAAAUAAUGAUUGCCUCAAAACCCCAACAUCAGCACUUUCCUAUUGUGCUUUGUAUUCGAAGAGGCCAGUUCUGAUCUAUAGCAAU